CGAGUCAUGAUGGUUGAAUCUGCCUCGGAGACGAUACGUUCCACCCCCUCCGCCCAGAACGGGGUGAGCAGCCUCAGCCAGCAGCCCGAUGGCGGCGGGGGCGGCGCGGGGGGCGGCGGGCGCGACGGAGCCGCCGGCGAGGCCAACGGAGAGAUGAGCCCCGUGGAGCUCCUGCACUUCCAGCAGCAGCAGGCUCUCCAGGUGGCACGGCAGUUCCUGCUGCAGCAGGCCACGGGGCUGAGCUCCCCCAGCAGCAACGAGGGCAAGCAGCCAGCGGUGCAGGUGCCCGUGUCCGUGGCCAUGAUGUCCCCGCAGAUGAUCACGCCGCAGCAGAUGCAGCAGAUCCUCUCUCCGCCCCAGCUCCAGGCCCUCCUGCAGCAGCAGCAGGCGAUAAUGCUGCAACAGCUGCAGGAAUACUACAAGAAGCAACAGGAGCAGCUUCACCUGCAGCUAUUGACACAGCAGCAAGCUGGAAAGCAGCAACCCAAAGAGCCGUUGGGGAACAAGCAGCUGGCCUUCCAGCAGCAGCUCCUGCAGAUGCAGCAGCUCCAGCAGCAGCACCUGUUAAACCUGCAGCGCCAGGGCCUGGUGAGCCUCCCGCCAGGGCAGGGCACGGUGCCCCUGCAGACCCUUCCCCAAGCCGUGUGCCCCUCGGACCUCCAGCAGCUCUGGAAGGAGGUCACGGCCGCCCAGCCCGUCGAGGACAGCAUUAAGCAAGAAGGUCUUGACCUCACCACCAACACCUCCAACUCUACCUCGUUUUCGGCCGCCAAGGUCUCGCCUCCCAUCUCCCAUCACCCUCUGCCCAAUGGGCAGAGCACCAUGCACACGCCGAGAAGGGACAGCUCUUCCCACGAAGAGACCCCCGGCUCCCACCCGCUCUACGGCCACGGAGAGUGCAAGUGGCCUGGCUGCGAAACCCUCUGUGAGGACUUGGGACAGUUUGUCAAACACCUCAACACAGAACAUGCACUUGAUGACCGAAGCACGGCCCAGUGUCGAGUCCAGAUGCAAGUGGUACAGCAGCUGGAGAUACAGCUGGCCAAGGAGAGCGAGCGUCUCCAAGCAAUGAUGGCCCAUCUUCACAUGAGACCUUCAGAGCCAAAGCCUUUCAGCCAGCCUCUGAACCUGGUCUCCAGUGCCACCCUCUCCAAGAGCACUUCUGACACGUUCCCCGAUGGUUUACCUCAUCCCCCCACCUCCGCCACGGCGCCCAUCACCCCCCUGCGGCAGGGCCCCUCCGUCAUCAGCUCUUCCACUUUACACAACGUGGGGCCCAUCCGCAGGAGGAACUCGGAGAAGUUCUGCACCCCGAUAUCUUCAGAGCUUGCACAGAAUCACGAGUUCUACAAGAACGCCGACGUCCGGCCGCCCUUCACGUACGCGUCGCUCAUCCGGCAGGCCAUCCUGGAGACCCCCGACAGGCAGCUAACGUUGAAUGAAAUCUAUAACUGGUUCACGCGGAUGUUUGCCUACUUCCGGAGGAACACGGCCACCUGGAAGAACGCCGUCCGCCACAACCUGAGCCUGCACAAGUGCUUCGUGCGCGUGGAGAACGUCAAGGGAGCCGUGUGGACCGUGGACGAGCACGAGUACCAAAAGCGAAGGCCACCAAAGAUGACAGGGAGUCCGACCUUAGUCAAAAAUAUGAUUUCAGGACUCGGUUACGGAGCACUUAAUGCAAGUUACCAGGCUGCGCUGGCAGAGAGCAGCUUCCCGCUGCUCAACAGCCCCACCAUGAUCAACACCAGCUCGGCCAGUGCCAUGCUGCACGUGGGCCACGACGACGUCAGCAGCACCGUGGAGCAGGUCAACAGCAACGGCAGCAACAGCCCACGCCUGUCCCCGCAGCAGUACAGCCACCCAGUGCACGUGAAGGAGGAACCAGCCGAGGCGGAGGACGACAGCAGACCUGUGUCGCUGAUGGCCACCACCAACCAGAAUGUGACGAUUCCCGACGACAGGGACCUGGAGGAGGAGCUGCCAGUGGAAGACUUGUCCUAAGGACUCCUUCCUCCUCCCCACCGAGGGGCAAAACCCUUCCCACCCUCCCGGCCGGAGACCAAGCGACGCUCCCACCUCCCCAAGGUGACCUUCGGCGUUAACCUGUUCUUUAAAGGCACUUCCACAAAGCAAAAGGGUUUCCUUGGGGCAACAAGCUGUUGCUGCCGGCGCGUCCCUCACGCUCCCACUGCCCCGCGCUGCAGCCGCUGACUGACCGACCCGGCCGUGGGCACGUCCCGCGGCACGAGAAGCAGAAACCCGAGAGCUGGACUUUUUCUCCCCUCCUCCCUUGGUUAGUGACUGGUGAACGAGGAUGGUAGGUUGUUUCUAUCCGAAAUGGUCCCUCCUUCCCUCCCCGUGCGCAGCAGGCACAGGGAAGGCUCCUCUGUCCCCUCUCCCCGCGCUGCUCGGCCGCCCAGCGGGGCUCCAACCCCGACCCCGCUGUCAUCCCUCGGGCCCCGGGGGGUUUUGCACUAGGAGGGACCGUGGACCCUGCCCACGUGUGCUGCCUCCACCCAGCUUUGGGGGAAGAAACAGCAGAAACGGCGCUGAGUCCUCUGCCCUGCUCUGGAUGUCGGGCUGCACCGUUGUCUCAAAGCUGGGGAAGGACG